CCCCCCGCCCCCGCCCUUUCCUCUCUCUGUCUCAUCUCCCCUCUCCCUCUGCUUCUUCCUCCUGCCUCAGCAGAACUUAUGUGGUUGGGAUGCGGGGCCCUCGGGUGUCAAAACUUUAAGAUUAAUGGAUUACUUUGUUAAUGACUGCAGGCGUCAGACUGAGGUGCUUAAAUGAUUUGUGAGGUGCGAGGCGUCUUCCCGACAGUCCCAAACAAUGCGCGGAGUGUGCGGGGGAGGCAGAGGGCAGCGGCCGCCGGGACCGGCUGCAGGGCUCACCGCUCGCACGCACUCACACACUCACACUGCUGGGCGCACACACCAGAUCCGUGCUGAUCAGGAGGCAGGCAGGCACCCCUCGCCCCCACGCACUCCCAGGCAUCCCUAACCCACAUCCACAUAUAGGUAUUUUUGCCCUGAAAAAAGUGUAAAUAAAGCCUCGCUGGCCCCCAAUGAGGCGUUCCUUCCCGACUUUUUUGGAUCAAUCAAACAGACAGUGGCUUCUUUUGAUUAAAGCCCAAAUUGUCAUUGGGCAGAAGCAAUCAUGUGACAGCCAAUUCGGUCCAAUUUCAACCUUGUCUCCAUGAAUUCAAUAGUUUAAUAGUAGCGCGGUCCCCAUACGGCUGUAAUCAGUGAAUUAGAAAAAAAACACCCCAGCAGCGAUCUUCUAUGAUAGAUUUUUUUUCCCCUCCGCGCUCGCCUUUUUCCUGGGCCUUGCCCCCCCAAAGCCCCUCCAGAAGAGGGAACUUUUUCUCCGAGGGGGCUCCAAGGAGAAGGCCAUGAAUUACGAAUUUGAGCGAGAGAUUGGUUUUAUCAAUAGCCAGCCGUCGCUCGCUGAGUGCCUGACAUCUUUUCCCCCUGUCGCUGAUACAUUUCAAAGUUCAUCAAUCAAGACCUCGACGCUUUCACACUCGACACUGAUUCCUCCUCCUUUUGAGCAGACCAUUCCCAGCCUGAACCCGGGCAGUCACCCUCGCCACGGCGCUGGCGGCCGCCCCAAGCCGAGCCCCGCGGGCAGCCGCGGCAGCCCAGUGCCCGCCGGCGCCCUGCAGCCGCCCGAGUACCCCUGGAUGAAGGAGAAGAAGGCGGCCAAGAAAACCGCGCUGCCGCCCGCCUCGGCCACUGCCGCCACCGGCCCUGCCUGCCUCAGCCACAAAGAAUCCCUGGAAAUCGCCGAUGGCAGCGGCGGGGGCUCCCGGCGCCUGAGAACUGCUUACACCAACACGCAGCUUUUAGAGCUGGAAAAAGAAUUUCAUUUCAACAAGUACCUUUGCAGACCCCGAAGGGUGGAAAUCGCAGCGCUGCUGGAUUUGACUGAGAGACAAGUGAAAGUGUGGUUUCAGAACCGGAGGAUGAAGCACAAGAGGCAGACCCAGUGCAAGGAGAACCAAAACAGCGAAGGAAAAUUUAAAAGCCUCGAAGACUCUGAGAAAGUGGAGGAGGACGAGGAAGAGAAGUCGCUCUUUGAGCAAGCCCUCAGCGUCUCCGGGGCCCUUCUGGAGAGGGAAGGUUACACUUUUCAGCAAAAUGCCCUCUCUCAGCAGCAGGCUCCCAAUGGACACAAUGGUGACUCCCAAAGUUUCCCAGUUUCGCCUUUAACCAGCAAUGAAAAAAAUCUGAAACAUUUUCAGCACCAGUCACCCACUGUUCCUAACUGCUUGUCAACAAUGGGCCAGAACUGUGGCUCUGGCCUAAACAAUGACAGUCCCGAGGCCCUCGAGGUCCCCUCUUUGCAGGACUUUAACGUUUUUUCCACAGAUUCCUGCCUGCAGCUUUCAGAUGCAGUCUCGCCCAGUUUGCCGGGUUCCCUCGACAGUCCUGUAGAUAUUUCAGCUGACAGCUUUGACUUUUUUACAGACACACUCACCACAAUCGACUUGCAGCAUCUGAAUUACUAAAAACAUUAAAGCAAAACAAAGCAUCACAAAA